AUGGACUACGCCGUUUACGCCGUGCUGGCCACGGGUGUUGUGAUCACGCUGGGUAUUUUCACCAAAACGGCUCUCUGGAACCACUACGGGGAGUUUGUGAUGACACUACCACACCCCUUUCUGGCCAGACUCGGCGUACAACGCGAAACCACGGGGUGGCUGGUCGGACUGUGCUGCGUGCUCUUGUCACUGAACCACGCCGCUAAGGGCGUCAACGCUCUUGGCGGGUGCAAGAACGCUGCGGAAGCGCUUCUGGAUCUCGAGAAGUUCGCAGAAGACGCAAACUCAUCGCAACUACGCAAGGUAUUCGCGGGCGCCCUAGGGGCCAUGGUCUGGGUGUUCAUUCUGCACUUCUACCACAAGCAGCGGACGGCUCACAGGCUUGUGCUUGAACACCAGCGCAAACACGAAGACAAUCACAUAACUAACAACUGCCUGCGGUUCCGCCAGGCAUUUAAUUAG